UCACAUUGGUUGAAUAUCCAUGUGCCUUGCUGCGGCCGCCCAGCACGUUUGACUUCUGAGUGUGACACAGUGCAUGUUGAGUGAACUCGGCUGCCUUUCUGUAAUCACGAAUCCGCCUCCAGGGUCUCAGCUAAGGACUCAUGGCCUUGCAUUUCCCUUCCCUGACUCAUCUGUUCAUGUUUUCUCAUAUCCAUUGGGAGCCAAAUCUUAGUAUCCCAUACAAAUAUCUAAAAUAUCCCAUGGGGAAAUAGCAGGGAUCUUGGAGAGAGGGCCUGGAGAGAAGUGGUUGGCCUGAAUUUGAUUCCCAGCACCCACAUAGCAACUUAUAACCAUCUGUAACUAACUCCAGACGCAGGCAUGUGAUGCCCUUUUCUGUCCUCCAUGGGCCCAGGCAUGAACAUAGCACAUAUACACACAUACAACCAGGUAAAACACUUAUACGCUUAAGCAUAAAAGUACAUCUUAAGAUCGUACAGAGAUUUGAAACGUGACACAUAGCCUGUAGAGACUUUUAAAAAACAAACAACCAAAUACCCACCAAGACAAUAACCUCUCUGAUGCAGAGCACUUCGGGAGAAGGAAGACAUUCUACAGCGGUAUCUAAUAAAGACACUUGGAGGCAGCUGGGUUUCUGCAUCUGUCUGGUAGCUUUAUGGACAACACUGGUAGCCGCACGUUACACUCCCGAGCAGAGACCACUCCAUCGUCACCCACCAACAACCCUGGGAAUGGACACCCGGAAUACAUCGCGUAUGUGCUCGUCCCUGUGUUCUUCGUCAUGGGUCUCCUUGGUGUCUUCAUCUGCCACUUACUUAAGAAGAAAGGCUAUCGGUGUACAACAGAGGCGGAACAAGAAGUUGAAGAGGAAAAGGUGGAAAAGAUAGAGUUGAAUGACAGUAUAAAUGAGAACAGCGACACCGUCGGGCAGAUUGUCCACUACAUUAUGAAAAAUGAAGCGAAUGCAGAUAUCUUGAAAGCUAUGGUAGCUGAUAACAGCGUGGGAGAUGUUGAAAGCCCUGUCACUCCUAGCACGCCAGGGAGCCCACCUGUGAGUCCUGGACCCCUGUCACCAGGAGCCACCCCAGGGAAGCAUGUCUGCGGUCACCAUCUGCACACAGUGGGAGGUGUCGUUGAACGGGACGUGUGCCAGCGAUGCAGGCACAAGCGAUGGCAUUUCAUAAAACCCACCAACAAGACCAAAGAGGGCCGGCCGCGGCGACAAGGGGAGGUCACCGUCCUCUCUGUGGGCAGGUUCAGAGUCACGAAAGUGGAACACAAGUCAAACCAGAAGGAGCGCAGAAGUUUGAUGUCUGUCAGUGGGAUUGAGAGCGUCAACGGGGAUGUGCCUGUCACACCUGUGAAGAGGGAGCGAAGUGACACGGAGUAGCCGCAGCUGCUUUCUUGAAGAGUUCUAAGAGACUCCGAACUUGCGAGAUAUGAAGUCGCCUAGGGAAUAUUUUUAUAUAUUUUGUAUACAGUUUCUAUCAUGAAGUCUAUGGGCAUGCAGAUCAAACCCAAAAGGGAAUAUUUUUGCUAUGCUGGACACAGAAUUCAGUCUGCUUUGAAAGAAGUUUGGGGCUUAAAAGGUGUGAUGAAGAUUUUAGUUCCCGUUUCUGAGAGGGAAAGAGCUCGUGCUCUUACACUUGUGGACCCUCCCUGGCCAUCACAGUCCCGGGUGCACAUUCCUGGCUGUUCCGUACACAAGCGGCUCCUCCCUUGGAAUCAUGGCGUCAGGAACCGUUCCAGCCGUUUACAGCCUGAGCUUGUGUUGGCGUGCCCACAUCUGUUACGGAACCCCAGAUUCCAUUUUGACAUUGUUUCUAAGCUCUUCAUACACACAGUGGGGCUGUUACAGAAGACUCUUGCCUUGGAAACAUCUAGUGCUCCGAAGCUGAUCCCCCCAGGAUGUCUUGGGAUUGGAUGGAACCACAGGCGCCCUGCUCUUCAGAUUCCUGGACCAAGCACUGACUCCUGCUCCCAUCAGCCCGGCCCUGUCAUUCUCUGGUCACUUAGAUGACACAGAGACUAUGACUAUUUUUAUUUAACUUAAUCUACACAGUUGUCUUUUAGUUUAAUUGAGUAACAGGGAAAAUGGUUUAGAGGCGACCAAAGGCCAAAACAAAACACUCUUCUCUUAUGCAAACAAGCCCUUGCCAGACCUCUGCUGUUUUACUCAGGAUCCUGCUGUAACUGAUGUAAUGGUUUCCUAGGAAGAUCCGCAAGUUCAAGGCUCCCUGUGCUAGAGUGUUCAGGGGACAGACUGGGUGACUGAGCCAGACUCUGUCUCCCAACAAAAAAGUGAAAAGAGGGCUGAGCUAUCGCUUAGUGGCAGAACACUUUCAGGCAUGCUCCACCAGUGUUAGAGGCUUCUUGCCUUGUGGAAUUCUCUCUUGGCCUUGCUUUAUAAAACGCCUGAAAGUGCAUAGGUCUAGAGGUAGGGGUGAGGCAAGCUUUAUGACCUACUCCAUUGGUGUGAUGAUGCAUUAAGUACUGGGUGUGGUUUUUAUUUUUUGUUGUUCUUUGUUUUGUUUUGUUUUUUAAUUUGGCUGUACAAAAAUAAAGUAGGGGAAAAAACUAUUUUAAAAAUAUACCCCAGGGCAUUUUCUGUUAAAAAAAAAAAAGAUUCUGUUUCUGGACACAAAGUAACUUUUUCUUUCCAAACACUAUGUGAGUAGUAGAUGCAGUUUGAUGUGAACCCACACUGGCAGCUAGUGAUUGGUAGGUGUGUUGUGUCUGCAAAGCAGAGAGGCCAGUGUGGAUUCCAGGUUCACUGUGGUUCAGGACAUAGAGUGUGUGCUCAUGGAAGUAAUGUUUGUGCAGCUAAGCCAAUAUUUUUACUUAAACAAACAAGCAAAAAACCCUAUACAUUUUGUGAAAAAAAAAGUGAUAUCCUUUAAAUGGUGAUGGGCUAUAUGUAAGAUAUCCUUCAGCUUUAAUUAUUUUUUAAUUUUAUUCAAUGUAGAACACUUUCUAUAGCAAUAAAACAAAAACAAAAAAAAUAAGCAAAGAUAUUUAAGAUUGUAUUUAUAUACCAAGAGUACAUUUUAAACAUUUUCUAAUACUUGAGCAGAUGGGUGACUGGCUUCCAGAGAUGCCAAAAAUGGAACAUUCAAUACGUUCAACACAUAAGCUUUGUCCUGGUUUGUACAGUCUGGUGAGAAUCCUGAGUGUUCCCAGCACAGUUGAUGUUUAGGGUCCCUCCUUGCUCAGAAGUACUGAGGAUUCUAGACAAGUUCGCUGUCCACAACACUAAUGAUGGAUCACUUCUUGGUGGUACGAGUGAGUUGGUUGCCACCUUGAUGUAAAAAUUUUGUAAAGGGAAAUUUUCAGUUUCCAGUGUCAAAUGUAUUUUUAACUGUCUGGUUUAUACUUUUUAUGAAUUUUGUACUACCAAAGCAGAGUUGAAAAUAAAAGCAUUAAACCAG